CUGUAUUUUACCUGUAAAGAUUAUCACCUUCAUAGCUAACGGUACGUUCUGCAUAUUAAAUGACAGAAUCUGAUCUAACGCUAUUUAUAUUGCUCUGGUCUCGGGUCUGUCCGCUGGAGGUUAGUGUUAGCUAUGUGUAUAUAGUAAACGUUUCUGGAUUAUUGGGAGUAUUGUGAAGUAUUGUGGAGUAUUGUAGAGUAUUGUGGUUAGUCACAAUGACUAGCUAAGCUCCAGCUUUUAUAUCAGCGGUCAGACAGUCCCGCCCUGUAGUUCAGCCCCGCGGGCCGCAGCGGAUUUCCUGCUCAUGGAGGUUUUGGUGAAGUUGUGUCGGACGCCGGGUUUUCUGUCACUCCGCCUGUCCGCCUCUCCCGUUACUGUUCUCCGCCGAGCCAUGGCGGACCAGCCCGUCUCCCGGUACGAUCUGCUGGUGGUAGGUGGAGGAUCCGGCGGGUUAGCCGGUGCACGGCGGGCUGCGGAGCUCGGGGCCACCGCGGCCGUGAUCGAGAGUCAUAAACUCGGAGGUACCUGCGUAAAUGUCGGUUGUGUUCCAAAGAAGGUUAUGUGGAAUGCAUCUUCCCAUGCUGAAUUUCUGCAUGAUCAUGCUGACUAUGGGUUUGAAGGGGCGUGUGCACGCUUUAGCUGGCAGUCGAUAAAAAACAAACGGGAUGCUUACGUUAGUCGUCUGAAUCAGAUAUACCGCAACAAUCUUGACAAGGCCAAAAUUCACACCAUUCAAGGCCACGCGCGCUUCACUGGUGAUCCAGAGCCGACUGUUGAAGUCAGUGGGAGGAAAUACACAGCCUCACACAUCCUCAUCGCCACCGGCGGACGCCCGUCUACAGUCAGCGACGAGGAUGUACCAGGAGCAAGUCUUGGCAUUACCAGCGAUGGGUUUUUUGAACUUGAAUCGUGUCCCAAGCGUAGUGUUAUUGUGGGGGCAGGAUAUAUUGCUGUGGAAAUGGCUGGAAUCCUGUCCUCUCUAGGGUCCACAACUUCCCUCAUCAUUCGUCAGGGUGGGGUGUUGAGGAACUUUGACGCUUUGAUCAGCUCAAACUGCACACGAGAAUUGCAGAAUAGUGGUAUUGAUUUGUGGAAGAACACUCAGGUACGGUCAGUUCAUAAAACAGACAGCGGUCUUAAAAUCGUGCUGGCUACAAAAGACCCAGAAGAUAAGGACGUAGAGGAGAAGACGAGCAGCAUCGAGGGGGUGGACUGUCUGUUAUGGGCCAUCGGGAGAGAACCCAACACUGCUGGACUCAACCUCGGUCAGAUGGGUGUAGAUCUGGAUUCAAAGGGACACAUCGUAGUGGACGAGUUUCAGAACACCACUCGCAAGGGCAUCUAUGCAGUCGGGGACGUCUGUGGGAAAGCUCUCCUCACACCAGUUGCGAUUGCAGCCGGCCGUAAACUUGCACACCGGCUGUUUGAGGGUAAAGCGGACUCUAAAGUGGAUUACAGCAACAUUCCUACUGUGGUCUUCAGUCACCCGCCGAUCGGCACUGUGGGACUAACCGAAGAUGAGGCGAUUAAGAGUUGGGGAAAGUCGAGUGUGAAGACGUACACCACUUCCUUCACUCCGAUGUACCACGCCAUCACCACGCGGAAGACGUUAUGCGUUAUGAAGCUGGUUUGUGUGGGAAAGGAGGAAAAGGUGGUGGGACUGCAUAUGCAGGGCGUCGGCUGCGACGAGAUGCUGCAGGGCUUCGCUGUAGCGAUCAAGAUGGGAGCCACUAAAGCAGACUUUGACAAAACUAUUGCCAUUCACCCGACGUCUUCAGAAGAGCUAGUGACCAUGCGCUGACCAAAUUCCUUACAGAGAGAGAAAACCCCUGAAUUCGGCGUUUACCGUUAGAUAUGCAGUACUGUCUCCUGUUCAGUCUGUGUGUGUAUACAUUUGUUAUGGUUGCCUGUUAUAAAAAAAUAUAAUAUAAUAUAUGUCUGAGAAAUGUAUUGUAUAGAGUGCCUUCAAGAACUGUUGGCACUUUUAAAAGUACUUCUAAAGUAUUUUAAGUAAUUAGAGAUAUAUUAGAGAAAUGUACCUUCUUAAAAGGGAAAUAUUUUCCAAAAGCACCAAAAUACACGUUGAGUUAUGUUCACGUUAUCAGUUUCAAGUGGCUUAAGUUUAGAUUUUGUGCCUUAAUGUGACACAGAUCGGAUUUUUUCCAGGGCUGUGUCUCUGUUAUGUUUAAUCCAGUCGUUUCAAAUCAGAUUUGAGUCGCUUUAAUAUGUGGUUUUUGAUUUCAUUCAUAUCAGAUUUGUGAGCAGAUUAAAAUUCCUGCAUCUUUUUACCUGUAUGCAUGUACUUAGUGCUGUUGUACCAAAUUCCGACUCCCUGCUAAAAUCAUUACCAAUUAUUAUCAGUUAUUAUUAAUAAUUUCUUCAGACAAUCUGAACAUCUGAUUUUGGCAGUGAGUUAAAAUUCAGCAUAACACAGGUAGCAAAGCAGUAGACAUGCAUAAAUAUAAUAUGUGCUUUUUCACAGACAUUCAUUGUUUAAAUUACAGAUAGAUACAGAUCCCUUACAUUUAUGAAAGUUAAUCAUUUAUCAAGAUAAAUCCAAAUCUGAUAAUGUGAAAGUUCUUUCAUUAUUUGAAAAUGUUCUGCAUUGUAGAUUAAUACUCAAGUCAUCCAAACUAUGAAGGAAAACAUAUGGAAUUAUUUAGUAAACAAAAAAAGUGUUAAACAAACCACAGUAUGUUUUAUAUUUUAUUUUUUUCAAAGUAUCUUCUCUUGUUUAGAUGAUCAGGUUUGAACAUUUCUCCUGGAUUAUCUCAGUUUUCUCAGCUUUAUGAGGUAGAGUCACCUGGAAUUCAGGCUUUCAGUUAACAGCUGUGCUGAACUCAUCAAGAGUUAAUUACUUGAAUUUCUUGUCUCUUAAUAAAGUGUUUGAGAGCAUCAGUUAAAGUAAAGUAGUGAAGAGGUAGAGUUACAGGUAUACAGUGAAUAUUUAUAGAGUAAUGUUCUAAUCCAGAUUAUGAGAAGAAACAACUACUCAACUAAAUAAAGAAAUAAAGACCAUCAAAAGCGUUAUGAUGAUGAAACUGGCACUUAUCAGGACCUCCCCAGGAAAGGAUAGAAGAGUGAGAGUUUCCUCUGUUGUACAGGAUAAGUUUUCAGAGUUUUCAGCCUCAGAAACCACAAGUUAACAAACAGCUCCCCAGAUAAGAGUAUCUAAAUACUUCACAGAGUAUUUUGGUUUGUUUAACACUGUUUUUAAGUUACUACAUGAUUCCUUAUGUGUUCCUUCAUAAUCUGAUAGAUCACUUUACUAUUCAUUUACUAUGCAGAAAAAAAGUAAAAGUAAAAAUAUUGACUGAGAAUGUGUGUCUAAACUUUUGUUAGCUCUGCUGUCCAAUAAGAAACGCGUAUCUCCACAUUUUGUCCCUUUCUUCCAUCAUUUGAUCUGUUUAAAGCUGCUCUUUAGUACAUAAUUCUGGCUGAAUGGACCAAAUAAGUUAAAGAAACAUGUUCCCUUCUCCUGUAAAGUCACCUUUAUGGAGAUGCAUGUUUUCAUUGGACAUAUUAGACAAAUGUUUUUCACAGCAACCUAACCAUAACCUGGAAUUUGUGUGUCUUGCUGAAUAUCAGUCUGUGUGGGUGUGUUUUUAUUAGUCACACUUUUUUAUUUAAUCAGUUUUUAAUCAAUAGCAGAUUUGCAGCCUGGUGAUUAGCGUGCCUUUCAGACUGAGAGACAGUAAACUGAAGUUUUUAGCCUUGUUAAACAACAUGGUGCUAUAAGAGACGAUUAAUUGCUGUUAUCUUUGAAAAUCGUAUUUAAUAAUUUAGUUUUUAAUUUUUUUGCAUUCCAAACGUAAAUCAGUAUGUUUGUAAAGUUUUAAGAACAAAGAAGUUUUUAAUUCUUAUAUAC